AUGCCUUAUUUUACGUUCCGGCAAGCAAUCAUCUUUGGCCUCAUAUUUGCUUCAGCUGCGCUGAUUGGUUACGACUCUGGUUACCUAAAUGGCGUCAUCGCUUCUGAAGACUUCAAUCGACGAUAUGGUCCGAUAGGAGCAGAUGGCAAGCACUUUUUGCUCCCGCUGACACGUUCGCUCUUCACGUCGAUGCUCAUUGUAGGCACCGUUUUUGGCUGCCUACUCCCGUCAUUCGUGCAGAACAGAAUUGGCCGAAAAGGGUGCCUUCUUGUCGCAGGAUUGAUUUAUGCUCUUGGCGUCGCCCUGCAGACGGCUGGUGUACCUGCAGCUGGGUUCAUCGUCGGUCGCGUCUUCCUUGGCGUUGGACUUGGUAUCAUCUCCGUCACCUCUCCUGGCUAUCUCAUCGAGGCGUCCUCAUCAAAGAGUCGUGGACGUUUGAUAGCCCUGUACACACAAUUGCUGACAAGUGGUAAUGUGGUGGCAUGCGCGAUCAGUCUCGGUACUGCCGAUAUGUCAGGUUCCAUGAGUUGGCGCCUUACAAUCGCUUUUCAGCUCGUCCUAGCCUUGUUCGUCUUUCUGGGUGCCUGCUACGCACCAGAAUCACCAUCUAUACUAGUGCGCCAAGGAAAACAUGAACGAGCACACUCGUCCAUCUGCGCUUUGAGAGACAUACAGCCCGGCUCAUCAGACCUACUUGCCGCAAUUGAAGAAAUUCAGAAGUGGAUCGAUGAGCAGGAGAUAGCUGGGAAAGUCCACCCUCUGGAAUGCUUUCAAGGCACAAAUCGCAGACGAACCUUAUUGGGGAUAACGAUGAGUUUCAUGACGAUCGCUACAGGAGUCACAUUCUGGUUUGGCUACGGGACAACCUUUUUUCAGAGUGCAGGUGUAGAUAAUGCGUUCUUGGUCUCUUUGAUUUUGGCUGUCGUCAACUGUAUCUUCACGACACUGUCGCUUUAUCUAACAAAUAAGCUUGGAAGAAGAAACAUGCUACAUGGCGGAGCGGGUGUUAUGAUUGGGGCCUAUCUGUUGGUCGGCGUCACACAUUCUGUGGCACCGAACAGUACUGCGAGCAACAAUCUGCUUAUCGCAGGUGCUGUUUUGUUCAUUGCAGCAUAUGCUGCAACCUGGGGUACUCUGGGUUGGACAAUUAUGACGGAACCUUACUCUUCACGCCUAAGAACACAGAGUACGUCCAUCACAAUGGUCACGUACUGGACUGCGACAUGGGGUGUAGGAUUUGCCACGCCCUACCUUGUUGAUGAGACUGCGGCGGAUCUUGGUGUCAACAUUGUCUAUCUUUGGCUUGGAAUGGUCAUUCUCUCGCUGGUAUGGGCAUACUUUUGUGUGCCAGAGCUCUCGGGUCUGUCCAUUCGAGAGGUUGACUUGCUCUUUGAACAAAGAGUAUCCGCAUGGAAGUCCAAGGAGUGGGCGCGUCAGCUCAGGGACCGGACAGUGAUAGAGGGGACAGAUCCAUCCGGCGGAACAGACACGCUUGACAUGAAAUCAAUGGACUUCGAGCAGAAAGUAUAG